UCGUUCCCGCACACAGUGCACUGUAGGCUUUUGUGCCAAAGUCAUAUUAACCCCUUGAUUAGUUAAUAUGCAGCGCACGACGUUGCCCACGCACGAUGAAUAUUCAUAUCAGUGGCGCUUUCGCCGCCGUCUCUCCACCCCUCCCUCCCUCUCUCUCUCUCUCUCUCUCUCUCCCCCCCCCCGUCCCCCCGCCGUAAAACCGAUGGCGGCAUCCUGGAAGACAUUUUCACAGUUGUUCCCACAAACACAAACUGUUUGGUUCCUUCUCGUGUCUGUGUCGCUCGCUGCCGCUGACUCAAUGGCAGAUCAGACUCAGCUGCCGAGCAGAGACCGCGCUCUGAAAGGAAGGGAGGAGAAAAUGGUCGUGGCAGACAAACAUGCAGCCAAUGGGAAUCCCACUGUGGAGCCUUUUCCAGAAGGCAUGGAGACCAUCAUGCUUGGUUUAGGCUGUUUCUGGGGAGCGGAGAGACUUUUCUGGCGGCUUCCAGGUGUCUACACCACACAGGUGGGCUUUGCCGGCGGCUUUACACCCAACCCCAAUUACCACGAGGUCUGCUCAGGUCUGACGGGUCACGCCGAGGUGGUGAGGGUGGUCUUCUCCCCUGAAGACGUUGGCCUCGAGGAGCUGCUCAAGCGCUUUUGGGAAAGCCAUGAUCCUACACAAGGAAUGAGGCAGCAGAAUGACCGUGGUACUCCGUAUCGUUCAGCCAUUUACACAUCCAACCCCACUCAACAGGAGCUUGCAUUGAAGAGCAAAGUAGCCUUCCAGCAGGAGCUGGAUAAGAAAGGCUACGGUAGCAUCACCACAGAGAUCCGGGAGGGGCAGCUGUUUUACUACGCUGAGGACGAUCACCAGCAGUAUCUGAAGAAGGUCCCUAAUGGCUAUUGUAACCUCAAAGGAACCGGAGUCUCUUGUCCCAUUGGAGCCAGGAAGGAGGAACUGUGAGGGAUGUGGGGUGAGAAAGAAAAGGAUGAGGAUUUUUGAAGGCUGUUAUUUGGGCCUUGACUAAUCCUAAUCUUUUCCUUUUGAUACACUGGUUAAUUAUAUUACUCAGGGUGUGUAUUAGUAUUUUCUGACACAAUAACAUAUUAGUCAGAUUGCAAAUACAUUACAAAGCUUUAGCAAACUUUUAUAACCAAAGCUUCAAUAUGUGUAUUUGUCUGUGAGCUCUGGAGAAUGAAUAUAGUGUCAGAAUUAGCUUUAUUGGCCAAGUCUGUGUGUGCAUAUAAAAGGGAUUUUACUCCGGCCGUUGCUCUGUAUGUACAUAUGAAAUAGAAAAUAAACAGUGUAUACAAAUAGACAUACAGCUAAAAACAAGGACAACCCCCUGGACAAAGACUGAACAUAACUACUAUGUACAUAUGUACAUAUAUUCAAAAAAUACACAUCUAUAAAAACAAUAUUUGUAAACCGUAAGACAAUAAUCUGGAAUAUAAAACAACUUUCUCUGUAUAGAACCUGUGAAACACAAAGGCAAUACAAAGUGCUUUGCGUAAGACAUAAAAUGCAUUAAAACCAUUUGUAAAAGACAGGAAGGAAAAUUAAAUAAAUUGAAUGAAAAGGGAAUUAAAGUUGAGGUUGUAGUGCAGCUGGAGCUGCAGUGUCUUGUUGGACUGCAGCAAAAGUCAGAUGCCACAAGGUGGCAAUGUUUCUCAAAGAACAUAGAGCAUCAGUAGAAUGUUUUUGUUGCAUCCACUUCCAUGUAGUAUAUUGUGUUCUUUCAUCAUGUAAAAACUCUUGCCUUCCAAAGUUGGUUGACUGGCAGAAAAUCAACCAACCCUAAUGGUUUUACUAUUCAGCAACCUUUUCACAUCCCUUUAAAACCAGAACACUAUGCCAGAGCCCAGACUUACUGUCGGAGUGAAAGUACUUCUUAUUACUUACUUAUUAUAAUCAGUAGCUUAGUAAAAGUGAAGCACAAUAAUGCAGUCUUAUUAUUUAGAUUUUACAGUGAUUAGCCCAUGUAAAAUAAUUUAUACUGCCUUUAUUUUGUUAAUGUCUGACUUUGGAAAUAAUAAAUUCAAUCUCAACCUUU